UGCCAAGGGAAUUCCACAAAGUUAGAUGGGUUAGAUAAACAGGGGGACCCAUAUACCAGCAUAUAGCAUCAGUGUAUAGAUACAGCCCUUUGUAAAUCCACUGCAGUAUUUUCAAGUAGUGUACUUGUGUAGUUCUCAGUUUUCGGGGAUGAAGUAUGGUCAACCCCAUGACUUGUGUAUCGACAAAGGGUGAUCGAUCUUAGUCCUGCUUGCCAGUAAUAACCUGAUCACAACAACAAACACUCCCAAAGAUGUUAAUGCCUCAUCCCUAACUCUUGAUAAUGCAAAAUUUAACAUUUAUAAUUCUUUGGGUCUUUGGAUAAAGUCUUUGAACCUAUCUGCGUGACUUUACCGAAAGACCCAAAGAAUAUGAAUUCCUGCAGUAACGAAAGCUUCAAGUAAAAAUUGAACAUUGUUGCUGCCAGGUUUCCAAUGAGAAAUCUCUGCGGCUUGUUGCAGAUGUAAAGAAAAAAGCAAGUGCACUCUCUUAAAAACACUAUAAAGUCAAAACCUCUGGCACCACAGGUCUGUUAACAAUAAACAUGUGUUGUCUCCCUUACAGUGGGUAUUAACGAUCGUGACAUUCAAAAAUGAGUAGGCCAUAUGUGCCUGCGUCAUGGUCCAAAAUUGCCCAAUUUGAUACAUUGCUCUCAAUUUGGAAAAACCUCGGUAUCACAGUCCUCUCGUGGCACAGACAUUUGUAGGCUGGUGCUCUGCACACCUGCUGAACCUUUUCUGCCAGCCACUGGGGCUACACUUUGCUAGACUGCAGCAAGCCAAUGUAAUGUUUGCGAUUGUAUGAAACGCAAGGAACGUAUGGCAUUUAAGUAAGUGCCCUAUAUAUGCAAAUACUUAUCAAAUAAAAUUUCUAAGUGAAUUUACCGAAAGAACCAAAGAGUAAUUCCUGCAGUCACGAAAGCUUCAAAUCAAGUUUGAAUACUUAUAAACUUAACCGCAAAUAUUAUCUGGGUGUACCAAUGAAUUCAUUCAUAUAAAUUAUGAAAACGUGCAUGCAUUGACGUGGAAGAUUACUGUAGUUUUUCUUAUUCAUAUAUGUUCCAAUGGGUUCAUGCGAUCUCCACCUACAAUUACUUCAACGUUAACAUCAGUAUUAAAUAAAUUGAUUCUGGAAUCGAACCGUGGCACUGAAUCUACAGUUCAUAGAAUCAAUCAGGGGGUUAAUUGUUAUUCCACUUUAUGCUGUCAAUAUUUGAAUCAACUGUUAGGUUAUGCAUUCACCGGGCAUUGGAUUAACACCCAGAGAUCAGCAACCAAGGGGUGGUGAUGAGACCGAGACGACCAAUUGAGGACCCGAUGCUUUCAAUAUGUAUUAGAAGUACUGUAUUGUUGAAGUUGCAGUGGGUGGAAUACGUGUUGGAGGUUGGCGAGGGCAGGUUAAUGAAACUCGUUGCAUUGAGGUUGGGGACCAUAUGAAAGACCUCAAACCUGACGGUGGUAGCCAUAGUUCUGUUGAGUGGUUCUUGGUGAUCGGGUGAGGAAUCGGUCGGUAGCGAUGGUGAGGUGCGGUAGCGUUGGUUACAUUGGCUGUGAUGGCUUCUUGGCCUUGGUUUCGAUUUUUGUUACUUUCCUCCAGAAUUACAAAGCGCCGUGUUCAUGUUCUUUGUGUCUGGGCAAUGAUGUCGCGGCAGCGAAUUCGCCGCUUGUUGACGGUUGGAAUUAAGCGGCACCCUGAUUAUUACUGUGGGCAUAACCGUAAUAAUUUGCGCCGUCAGUUUCACAGUGGUCGUUAUGAUCCCCCGAUGUAAUUCACAAGAGUAUACACCAUUGUGUGCCAGCGUCAUGGCCCAAAUGUAACAAAUGAAAAAAUUACCCACAAAUCACUCAAUUGGAAUUAUACAAAGCAAUCAUUACCUCCCACUGACUAAUGCCCCAGGUCACUCAAAUCAGCCUAUUGAGUAACUCGUGCAAAUCAGCCUUUUGAGUUGUCACCUGGUUUAACAAUAGUAAACUUGACUACAUCCUGAAAGCAAAAUACGUUUGUCUCUUUCAGAACGCGCAAACUGUGAACCCUCAAAACGCCUCAUGUUCGAUCGGUGGCAUCGAUGAUGGAAAAGAUGGAGAAGGGAGACAAAGUGGAGGAUUCGCAGGGGGACAGCAGCUGCUAUCCCAAGCAGCCCAGGAGUGUGUCGGGAGAACAAGGCCCGACCCAACUCGCCGAGGGGUCCUUCAAACACCUCCGCAUGGCAUCCCAGACGGUCUUGGAAGAAUUAAUGAAGCGCGGACGGUCCAAGUGCCCAAAGUGCCAAGCAUCACGAAUGUUUUACUGUUACACUUGCUUCUCACUUUUGGAGGGGAUUUCAGAAGAACGCGUGCCAAGAGUGAAGUUGCCCUUAAAGGUUGACAUCAUUAAGCAUUCCUGCGAGACGGAUGGGAAAAGUACAGCUGUGCAUGCCUGCAUCUUGGCUCCAGACGAUGUCACCAUGUACACCUACCCCUGCUUCCCGGAGUAUGAUAAAAAUGAAAAGGCGGUAAAGAAAAUCAAGCUCGCUGGCGAUAAAGAAGAGCACUGCACCCCGGUGCCCAGCUUACCUCCGAAGGUGCCAGCGGAUUCUGCGAAGAGGUAUCCAGAAGGUCCCUUCCACCGGGUGGUUUUCAUUGACAGCACUUGGAACCAGACGAACAAAAUGAGCAUGGACGAGAGAUUGAAAGCCCUGCAGUGUGUGAAACUCCAGGCGUGGGAAUCGCAGUUCUGGCGCCACCAGAAGGGAACCCCACGUACCUUCCUCUCCACCAUCGAGGCCAUCUACUACUUUUUUGUCGAAUACCACGGCCUGCUGCAGCAGGGGCCGUACGCCGGGCAGCACGACAACCUGCUCUUCUUCUUCACAUUCAUGCACGGCCUCGUGAACAACGCCAAGGCGCACAAGCAGGCCUCGCUGCAGGCCUAGCUACUCGGACGCUGCAAUGGCGGUUUGCAGUCGAGUUUGGGCUCUGUCAUCAUCACGACCCACGGGGAAGAUUGCCCGUAGGUGUCCACUGCACGCGUCGUCACUGGUUUCCACUUGCCUCUGCCUUGUGCCAAUAUAUGCACAAAGGUCCCCUGACGUCAUUCGGAAGAGUAGGCCAUUGCGCGACGGGGUACACAUUUACAACAUUUUGAAAAUUACACUGCAAAGUACACAGUUGUAAUUACACAUAGCGGACUAAUGCCCACGCACAUGCCGGGUGCGGAGUGACCCUGUGCCUGCAGAGGCAGCCGCCGCUUGGGAUGCCCUUUCAAAAAGUUGGAAAUGUGAUUUUAAGUACUCUGAGAAGGCCUGGCAGAUAGGGCGCUCUCUCAAAAACAAAUCAUUCUCCCCAAUGUCAAUUUGUAAGAACAGAAUUGUGGUUCAGGUGUCGACUGCCAUAACUGGGAUCUGCUACGGACGUCAUAACCCUCAACGUUGCUAGGUCAGUGUGUAAAUUAUUUUUUACAAUCGAAAGACUUAAAUGUGCUGUUUUUUUAUUUCAUAUAUUAAACUGGCACCUACCCGAAUGUUUACUUUUUCUAAAUGUAUAAAUACAAAAGCUGCAUUCACUGUAUCAUCGGUCCCAGUAUCGACGGUGACACGCCUGGGUUCACGACCCACGUUUAAGAAAUGAUGUUUGGGACAAUCCGCGACAAAGCUCCUGCGUUUACCCCCAGCCUCCCAGUUCCUUACCUCGACAUCACAAUGUUGGUUGUGUUAUCGAGCAUUUUUUGUCAAAUUGUGACCUCUUUAUGCAGAAAAUAAAUGUAUGUU